AAAAAAAAAACUCAAACAGGAAAAUGCAUUCAUGUUUUAAAGAGACACGCAAGAGCGCUGCUCGACCUUACUCCGUGGCGUUGCCUUGCGUAAUCAAACAAAAGAUUCUUCUUGCGUUCGUUAGCCAAAUUCGUUAAUAAUUACAUAAAAUUCUGAAAGGAAACUGUCAAAUGCUAUUAGUCAGUAUUUUAAUUUUUUCUCUCUCCCCACUUUCUUCUUUUAUUUCUUGUUCAUCUUCCUUCUUAUUGUUGCUGUUGCUUCUUCAACUCUCAACUGUCAACAAACUAUACAGUGAUUCAACGGAACAAACAUUCUUCAGUGAGGGUGCUGGGGAAAUUCACGAGAAUUAAAUAUUUUUUGAGCAAAAGGGGUUGUGGUAACACUGCAAAUAAAAAUCAGAUGCACAAUGAAAGUUCAAGUGGGACUAGCACCAGAUCUGGUGACCGCUCCGGUAAUUUACCUGAGCCCGACCUUGAGAAGCAGGGAAGCAUCCCAGUGUUGCCUCAGGAGGAAAGACAGCCAUGCUCGGUUGAGGAUUCAGCCUGUGAGGGCAAUCCGACUUUGUUAACCAUUGUGGUAACGAGGGGCGAGUCUCAUGUGACUCAGCAGCCAGUAGUUAAAUCAUCAAAAGAUGUGGAUUCCAUUAAAGAGGAAUUGCCAAGUGUGGCUCCUCCAAAAAAGGGGUAUUUUUCGAGGACCACUAGUUCUCAUGAGCAAUGCAGAGUUUGUCAGCAGGAGAAGGAAGAAGGUCUUAUAGAUCUUGGGUGCCAAUGUAAAGGUGGUCUUGCAAAAGCACAUCGGUCUUGCAUUGACACUUGGUUUCGUACAAAAGGAUCUAAUAAAUGCGAGAUAUGCCAAGCAGUAGCCGUAAAUGUGUCAGCGCCGGAGUCCGAGCCCAUUACAAAUUACUGGGUUUGGAUGGUUGAUCCAAGCUUUACAUCACAUGACCGUGAAAGGGGUUGUUUUAGUCCACUAUGGGUGGCAUUCUCAAUCCUUAUUGGUGGUCUAUUGUUGGAUGUGUUAAUAUCCAUUACUCUUGGUGUCUCUGCACUGCCUGUUAACAUCAUGAUUGGUAUUAUUGUUGUCCUAGGACUUGGAACCAUCCUUCGACUUGCAUUGGAAUUCUGCCAUGAGUGGAGUUUCAGGAGAGCAGUGCAAAGAGUAGAAACAAAUGCAACUCUUGGGCAUCAUCCUGCUGUUUAGGUACAUCUGUAUAUGGUAAAAUUUUAGCCUACAAGCCAAUUGUUUAGUUCUUGUUGUUUCGUAUAUAAUGUUCAGCUUAUUAUUCUGGGAGGGCACCGUUGUUUUUUACUUCUCACACAUUCUCCUUGAAUGGUUUUAGAAUUUAUACAAUCAAAUUUGGUGUGGAACUUUUGGUUUGGAUAUGUAUGUCAUCGUUACAAAUAUAGUUGCUGAGGGUUUUCAAUGAGUAAUUUUUUUUUUCAUGUAUUGCAUAAUGCAUAACUAUUAAUUGUUGUCUUCAAAUCAAAGUGAUAUUAUACUGGAUCCCUAUAGUGGAUCUUUCAUAAUUUGUAUUGAAAUGGGAACCUAACAACCAGGGGAAACCAAUAAAAAAAAAAAAAAGAGUCAAAUUCCAUCUCCACUGCUUUUGAUGGGAGCUGCAUUCUUUGGACUUGAGUGAAGCCAAUAUUGAACAAAGAGCUUGCUGCUAUGAAUGGCCAAUUGAUUGUAGUUGCCAGAUUGGUGUUUGGGUUAUCUCUUUUGCCAUAGUAGAAGAUAGGAUGUAGUAAUGUAGGU